UCCGUGACUCGUCGUAGGUAGGUCCGCGCAGACGCUCCGUGGACCGAGCGCGCCGCGUCCCGCGCCCCCCUCCCCCGUGGCCGCGGUGUCAGGAACGUGUGCGUGCGCCCGCAAAGAUGGCCGCCUCGCAAGCGUACGGUGGUGUUGACGUCGUUCCAGUCGAACCCGCUGAGGUAGCAUCGGCGUGAGGAGGCGCGAUUUCGGGGCGCCGAGAGGAUCGGGCACCCGGGCGCCGGUCUCGCCGUCGCUCGCGUUCGCGACUCGGAGGUUAGUGCGCGACGUGGCUCGUUCUACGUGAACGGUGGUGCGCGCGGCAAGCGCGACGAGGCCUGGCCGAGCGAGCUGCUCAGGGAAGGUGCGUUCGGUCGGCAGCCGUCGGCUCGAGCCCCUGGCCCGCUCGAGCGCUCUCGAGCUCCGAGCCCGGGCUCCCCGGAGGACCCCGGGAGGUCACGACGGCCGCCGCCGCGUGCCCGUGCCCCCUGUGUGCCCGAGAGAGAGCCGAGCCCUCGGUCGACGGCCAUAUUAAAUCCGGGGCACCUCGAAGCCGUCCUCCGUGCCGUCGCGAGGCGCGCGGAUCCUGCCCGCUCUCCCGCGACCGGGCCGUUACGUCCGCGAGCUGCUCGCGGAUGACGCGCCUCCGGGUGGCCUGCCGUCCCGAGCACCCGAAGCGGCCGCCGCCACCGGGACCUGCUUGAGCCGAGCGCUGCCCUCGUGUCCCCCAUGCUUCGGCCCGGACGACAGCCCCGACGACAGCCCCGACGCCCGCAGGAUUGCCCGACUGUCGGCUUCGACGAUACACGGCCGCAGGAGUGCAUGGCAUAGAGCAAGAGGAGGGCGCAUAGGAGGCCGGAAGGCGGAAGCGAGCGAGAGGGGAAGGAAGAGAGAGAGAGAAGGGUCUCUCGAUAGGGAGGACGCCGCGUUAUCUCGCCGCAUCGGGACGUGGGAACCGGCCUCCGGUCGCCGAUGUCCGCCACGAGUCCUGCCCUCGCCGCCGUUCCUACGCCCGGACGAGGACGCCGCGACCCCGCCCCCGCGCCCCGCCACCCGCUGCAGCCCCCGCCGAGGACGAGAACCAAGACACCCCCGCUGGCUUCACGACCCGAGAUACGUCCGACACUACUCUGAAUGUCUUCGCACAUCCAAAAGUCGUGCGUGCAAACAUAGUGGUACUUAAUGUAGCAUUAAUUCGGAACUCAACCCGUGCAAGAGAAAAACGAAGGGGGAGGAUGAAAUUGGGCGAGAAAGAGGGAGAAAUAGCAAUCCUGGCCCCGUUCUGCACAGGAGUAAGAAAAUUAAUCUUCGGAACUUUUACCAGACGGAGUAUCAAUGGAUGGAGCAAUAUCACAAGGGCUUGAAGCGACACUGAGUGACAGCAAAAAGAAGUACGGGGACAAGGUGAAUGCACUUCUGUCCGCCUGGGAGCAUGUCACCAAUUUCAUUCCUGCGGCAACCCCGGAGGCCACCCAGUCUCUCAUAGAAUGGGCUCACAAACACACAUUGAAAUUGGUAUUGCGCGGGGAGUGGCCGAAGCUGACACCCGCCACGAAGACGCACCUCAGCGUCACCCUGCAGAGGUGUGCGAGUCACCUGGUGCAACACCCCGCUGCACCGCACUGUACCGCCCUCAUAGCCUUGGUGCACAGCCCAUGGGCACAUCCCGCUCUCGACAGCAUUCUUAACGGACAACCGGAUUCCGAACAUGAAGAGGAAUUCUGCUGUUCGGAGAAGGGUGAGCUGUUGACCAUGAGGCUGAAGAUUUUGUGCGAGGACCGCUGCGAGGACAUAGCGGUGAACCUCGCCGCUGCGUGCGUUCGCUCCUUGCGGAGGAGCGAUCGUCUUCGUUCGCUCUCGGAUCCCCAGCAUAUCCACUAUAUGAUCGAUGUCUACAUUGUCCUCCUGUACAAACUUAAACGCACGCAAGACAUAUUCGCUCAAUUAAAAUUAAUGGACCUUAACGACGGUCUGGAGUUGGUGCAGAGGCUCAGCGGGGAGAAACCCACGAAAUAUGGCACCGCGAGGGUUUGGAGAAAUUCGAUAAAGGCCGCCGAAUUGGUGGCCCAGUAUCUGGUGACUGCCGGGAUGGUUCGUCCGGUCACGGACACCGGGGCGAACACUCUCGAGCAAAUCCUCAAUUCUUGGGCCCUGUUGCAUUCGAAAUUAAAGGACAUCGCCCCGACUCUGCCUGGGAUGAUAAGGAAGCUGAUCGAGCCGGCCGAGAGCGCCCAACACAUUUACAUUUUUUGCGCGGUACUGGUCAAACACUUUGGGGAAAAUGUAAAAUCCUUGGUGAUCGAGCUGUAUAUCCGGGCCCUGACGACGGACAUGAACGAGCUGGAGAGUCAGAAAGCGAAGUCGGACAAGGAGAAGGUCCGAGAAACGGCGAAACGAUUGAGUUCUCAAUUCCUAAAGCUGGCCGACGUGGUGGUCGACAACAUUGGCAUCGCCAGGGAAUGCGUCCUGACGGCGUUCUCCUUGCACCCAACGCGAGCUUGUUACGACAGAAUAAGGGAAAUCGCCGUGGCGUGCGGCAAGAUCAAGGAAGGAGAGUCGACCGAUACCGGGAAUCGCGAGGAGAAGCUCAAAGGCAUCCAGGAACCCGAAAAGUCCGACAUCAAGCAGGAGAAAAGCUCCGACUUGGAGGCACCCAACGGUACCGAAUUCAGGAGCAUCCUGGAACCGCUUUCCACGUCGUCGUCUUGCCCCUCCGCCUCGCAGCUAUCUCCAUCCAAGCCAAGGGGUCCCGCGAAGAGCCUAGAUUUUCAAAAAUUUCACACGGGCGUGUCGAAAACCUUCGAGCGCACCGAUCAGCUGUUAAAAAAUCUUCUGUCGGCCCCGCGGAAAGGUGAAGCUCCCCUCGUCGGCGACAGGUGUUUGAAACACCCAAAAAGGGACCCCGACUCGCAAGGACCGCUCGGGGAGCUUUGCUUCAAUUGUGGAGAGUUUACCGGGAUAGAGUUGCCUAGCAAUCAAUCCCACGAAGCUGCCUCGAACGUGGAGAGGACCUUGGAUGCGCUGAUUCUGAUCAAGGGUGACGCCGUUACGGGCUCGGCCAAUUACGACGAGAAGUCGGUUCCUAAUCAGGUUUUGGAUGCCGAUAAAUUGGGUCUCUCCCCGCAACUCUGCGACGACCUGGCGGUGGUUCUUAGCAGUCCCAGAUACCACAUGCUCAGCUGGGUUCUCGACUGGAACGAGUUGAGCGGGCUUUGCGAGAGGUAUCUAGAAAAUGCCGAGGAGAUGCGCAAUACGAACAAAGAGCUGAAGUACCUUAACAUCGAUUAUUCCCAGUUCAAGGACUGGCCGUCCGAGGACGAGUCCAAAGACGUGUUUUUCGGUAUCGAGAAAGGAUACGAGCAGUGGGCGGAUUUGCCUUCCGAUAAUUCGGAGCAGUUCGGUAGCUUCCAACCAGCUGGCCCGUACAAACGGUCCUCGGCGAGACGUAGCUUGGACGAUACCACGGAUUCCGACAGUGGAAGCGUCUUACGGGUUCGCAGAGCGGGUCGACAAAGGAAGGUUCACAGGCUGGAGUCUUCCGAAAGCGACUACGACAGCGCGGAGAAGAAGACGAAGCACUUCGGAACGAGGACGAGCUCUUGUUCCGAGGACAGCGAUACCAACACCCAGGACAGUCAGACGGAUAGUCUGGGAAGCGACGGGUGUCGACAAGAGAAGAAGCCGAACAAAUCCGUGAACAAGGAGCCCUCGAAAAAGCGCACCAAGUCGAACUUGACCGUCGAGUCGAUGUCUCAUUUCCACAUGCUGGUAAACGAUAACAUCAGACACACGAACGAGGAUGCCAGCAGUUCCGAUGUGAGCAGCAACGACAUCAUUACGCUCUUCUCGGCAGACAUGGACGAGAAUAAAAGGGAAACCAUCAAGGGGUCCGCGUACACCGCGGCUGCUCCGCUCAUCAUCACCGAGAAGAGGAGCGAUCCGGCUGUUUUAAAAUCCCUGAGAAUGUUCAGACCGCAGAACGCGAAGAAACCCACGAGGAUCGCCCAGAUACUCCAAAAGAACAUAAUCAACAAAGGGAAAGAUAACGGCAGCAGUAACGUCGCCGCCGUUAACAAAUUCGCCCCCAUGUUGGGUUCCUUGAACCUGAAUCCUAAGAUCGUUCUAACAAGGACCGACGAGGCCGACUUGAAGGCGUCGCCGACGAAAAAGCAACCGCUCAGUGCCGGAGAUAUCACCAGCGAGCUAAUGAACAUCCAAAAGAGUAUGCCUUUCUCGCCGAAUAAAAAUAACAUCGGAACCUACCAGAAGCAGAAGAGUUUGAAUAAAACGGCAAAGGCGGACCGUCUAAGGUCGGUUGACGUUCGCGAUCUGGCCUCUUCCAAGUCUAGUCUAGGAAAGUCGAAAUUUGACAUCCUCGCUAAGGCUGUGAGGGAUUCGGAUAUACUAGCCAAGAAUGUCCCGGGCUUGAAUUCCUUGGACAUGAUGGUACCGCCUAGGGUGCAGUCGACGGUCAACAUCGUGCAGCUCUCUAGGAAUAUUCCCCAGAGUCCUAAUUCUGGCUCCGUCAACAGCGGGAACACCCCACCUCGGAAUCGCACCUCUACCACCGCUGGAAACAUCCAACUGCCGGGUACACCCUCUUCGGGGGGACACGACAGCGGGGUCGGCAUGAGUCCCGCGGGUCAAACACCCCCGCCGAGGUCAGCUUUGCACGACGUCGGCGAGGAGGCGAAUCAACCACCGGAUACCCCACCUACGGGGUUGAUGAGCGUGUCCAGCGUGGAGCCGGAUAGUCCCAGAACGAUAACGACAAAUCAAAGGACGAAUCAGAACCAGUCUCCGAAAAAAUCCCCGUCGCCGUCGAACGCUAAUUCUCAGGUGCCCAUCUCCUCCGAGCACCUGCAAAUCGUCUGCAAACCCGAUGGCACUUAUCAGCUGGCCCCGGUGAACCCGAACAUCUCCAAUCAGAGGAAUUCCCUGAGUUUGCAAAACGUAGAGGAGAACGUGGGGUUCCCCAGACAGAUACAGCGAUCUUCAGAUGCCGGAAGCGCUGCGACCAGAAGUAACUACGACAGGCUGCCCACGGUGAAGUCCUCCUCCGCUCAGAACACGGGUUUACCGAAAUUCCAGCAAGCGUUUGGCAAAACCAUAUAUACUUUGUCUACGGAUACCACGACCGUAGCGGCUUCGGCAACCACGGAUACGCUUUCUCAGCCAACGGCCAUGCAGAAAACGGCAAACCUGUCCAAGGCGGUGCAGACUUCGGUUCCAAACAGUCAGCCCAGUCCGGCGCCUGCGAGCAUGAACGUUCAGUCGAUAACGAACAUUCCAAACCUCCAACUGUCGACUGGUCGGCAGAUUCUGAACAUCGUGCAGAGCUCCGCCGGGAAUGCAAAUUCCAGCAGCCCUAGCGCCGGGCAGACGCUCACGCAGCUCGUCCAGAGCGUACAGAACGCGUCCCCGGGUGUCAUCUACACGCACAAAAUUCCCGUCACGAUUUCUACUACCAAUCCCAGCCAGCUGAACAUAAUACCCACCAUAUCGCACGCCAACUCCAUUCCUCCUGGGAGAACGCCCGUCGUCAAGCUGAACAUCAUCAGAGCAGGCGCGCCUCUUAGGCAACAGAACAUCGCCAGCACCAUUCAAGCGGUUUUAGCCGCCCCUAGGCUACAGCAACAGCAGCAGCAGCCCCAGCAACCUCAGCAACCCGUUAGAACCGAUAGUCUCAUUAAUUCUCCUAUCGAUGUUCCCAACCAAGUCAGUUCUACCACUCUGGAGCAACUGAGGGAGUUCGAAAGCGUUCUGGAGCAAGUUAAAGAGCGAAGCACCAUCCAACCCCAGCACCAGGCGACGUCAACCGCUGCCACGACGACCGUGCAAACCCAGACCACGACCCAGCAAACUCAAGCCAAACAACAGCUUCAGCAACAGGCGUCCGUUAGUGCCCUGGCCCAACAACUACGAAUGCCUUCCCAGCCACCCAGCGGUACAGAAUUUCCUGCGAAUGGCGGGAACACCGUCACCUUUCAGCAAGAAGUGUUUCCUCAGAAGGUGUCCCUAGCUUACGUUAACCAGAGCACGGCAACACCUCCUCAGAAGGUUUCCAACUCCACCCCCGUUGUCGUCGUAACCAGCUACUGCCAACCUGCAGCGUCGCCUGCGCUGAGUGUCACCUCCCAGAGUUCCUCCAGUCCUUGCGUUACCCCAGCUCCAGCACCCGUCCCUUCCGCUGGGAAAACGCCACCGACUCCUGCUGCAAAAACCGCGAAGAAAUCUACUCCCAAAACGGUGAAAACCAGCGCGACGAACACUUCCAAGGCAUCGCCUAUCCCCAAGCCUCAGCAGAAACCGCAAGAGGACGAACAGACUGCUCAAAGGAUCUACGCGAUUUUGGACGAAUACGCCGAGCAACUUAGGAACUCGCCGGACUUGAACAACAAGCCUGCGCCGAGAAGACGAUCGAAUCCGCCAACGAACCCUAGUCAGUCUUCUAAAAGAAAGAAAUCCAAUUCCAACAAAUCGAAACCAAUCGGCCAACAACCUUCGGAGCUGAGUCCCAGUACCGAUGAUCUUGGAAGAACCAUGGGGAGCGAGGAUUCUUCCAGUGGGGUCGUUCACGUCCAAGAUAGUCCGGCUGGGUUUCCGACUCCUGAAGAGCCAGCUAAUGUUUCCAACGUGGAUACGACGGUAGAAGCCAGGAACAUGGCGAACGAUUCCAACGACGGAGUGGAGCUCAACGUAAAAAGACGGAAUUUGAUUUUUACGGAACCCAGUACCGGUCAACCCAGAGCCGUCAUCGUACAAGAGGCUGUACAAACGGCGGCUGUCAGUGUCAGCGAGGCUCUGGCAUCCGUGACGGGGAAGAUGGGCAGUACAGCCGUUCUGGUACCGGGCACUAAUUACAUUCUGCCGAUGAACCUGAUGAAAGGAGGACAACAAUUUACCAUCGUCUCGGGAGGUUCCAAAUUGCUCGCUACCGUGCCCGCUACCGUCAGGACUACGGGUACUACCGGGGUCUCCAACACCCUGGUUCUGCAGUCCUUUCUGAACCAGGCGGGGAAGAUAAUUUCUCAGCCAGCUCAGGUGAAGCAGGUGAAGAUCCCGACGCUGCAGACUCUCGGUACCACCCAGACUUUGGCUGGUCAGGGUAUUCAAAAUGCAUCCACCGUGGUCCCGCAGACGAGCACCAGCACUCAGUUCGCAACAGAGCCCGUGGACAAGAACGAGAACGUCGAGGUCGUCGUAAAGAACGAUGCGAAUCCCGUUUCCACUCCGGAACAGCCUGCCAACACCAUCCUUGUUAACAAGACUCCGACCAUCGGUCUCAUCCAGAGGAACAUCAACGUCAAUGAUAUGGCCGAUAACCAACAGAUAUGCGGAGUGAUUACCAGCAAUCCCAACAUUGCUCUGCAAGGCACGAGACUGUUCAACUCGUCCAUUGCCAAGUUGGGCACGACACCCUCGGGUCUGAAGACGGAAAGCGUCGUUUGUCUGGCACCUGCUGCCACCAUGGCUCAGUCGCAGGAGAAAAAGGCCUCCCAGGAGAAUCUUGCGGAGAACAAGCCCGUGUCGAUCCAGGCUGCUGCCAUCGCCUUGGCAUUCGCCCCUCAGACGGAAGUACCCGUUGUUAACAACAGUCAGCAGAAGGAAACCAAGGAAGUCGCCACUGAGAUCACUAGCGGGGACAAGGUCAUCUCACCUAAGACCGUUAAGAGGAAAAUCGAUGACGCUUCCAUUGGAUUGGUGGAGAACAUGCCCAGAACCCUUAUAGCUUCGAACUCCGUCGUGUCAUCUACCGACGUCGUGACGUCCUUACAGAAUAACUCGAAGAUCGAAUCAUCCCCGACGAUGACCGGAACCCCGAAGCAGAGUACGACGAGUUUGGAGAGCACGACGCCGUUCCUAGUGUCCGGAGGCGCGGUCAGUUCCGACAGUCAAGAGUCUCCUAUUCGUCAAACGGCGGAAACGAUCGACUGCAAGGUGGGGAACGGCAUCCUGUGCGGGAACGCGAGGCUACAAGAGGCCUGGGAACCGGAAAGGAAGUCCUCCCCGGACACGCCGUGGAGGUACGUCCCGUCAUCCACGAAUCAGCUAAACAUCGAGCCGUUGAAGGUGUACUCUCGGGAGGGCGACGCUUCGGAGAACGUCCACGGGGUGCUGCAGAUCAUAAACAAGGUCCAGGGGACGGAGAUGUCGGGGAGCCAGGUGUACCAAGGAGGCACGAAGAAGUACUUCAUGAACCACACCCUGGAACCGUUCCAGCAGUUCGCGAACAAGAGUACCAUCGUCAAGUCGCAGCAGAACCCUCGCCUGGACCGAGAGCUCCUGCAGCAGCGAAUGGAGAGGAAGGCGGCCGCCCUGGAGCGGGAGCUGAGGCUACAGAAGAGUCUCUCCGAGGAGUGCGAGGACCUAGGGGUGGACGAGCCGAGUACGAGCGACCUCUUCCCCGAGGCCGACCUCCUGUUCGACACCAACCACUCGCCGUCCUUCGACCACUCGUCCCAGGACGCGUCCUGUAGCCAGCCGUUGGGCCUGAAGUCCUACGGGGCGGCCUACUUCCGACCUCUGGACUCCUCCUCCGGGAGCAGAGACGCCAGUCCCGUGACCGACUCCAGAGCAAACGACCGCCGCAGGAACGCCGUGCACAGGACCAGAAACCUCAAGGACAUGGCCAAGCGCGCCAGGCGGGACAAGCCCGAGGAGACCCAGCUGGACAAUCCGCCGAAGCAGAUCAGGCUGAGCUUGGACAACCUGAGCCAAGACGACGCCUCCAACAGCAACUCCGACCUGUCCAGGCUCUCGCCCGGGAACUUGCCCUCGAUGACGGAGAACGACUCGUCGAAGGAGACUCCCAGGCCGAAGGUGGCGUCCAGGAACGGAUCCAAGGAGGGCUCGCCCAGCAGCGUGUCCAGCGUGCCGUCCAACAUGAAGCUGGACAUGGACCUGGACUCGGAGUCCAUGCCUCCGGGUCCCAACGCCAACAACGCGUCCACGGCCAGCUCGGGGGACGAGAGCCUGACCCUCCUCGGAGCCAACACCGCCGACGUGACCAUCCCUUCCCCGCUGUCUCCCAUAGCGGGGCCUCUCCUGUCCACGCACAAGUACACCUACGCGAACAAGAAGCGCGUCGCCUCGAAGAUGCCCAGGGCGGACUACCUGGCCUGGGAGAGCCCCACCUCGGAGAGGACCAGGUCCAGCAGCGACGAGGAGGACUCCAGCGUCAGCGAGUCCGUGGGCAGCCAGCCCGAGGACGGGAUGGCGGUGACCAACGGCCUCGAGGAGAGUUCCCGGACCAACGCCAGGAGUCCCGGGGACCGCUGCGCCUUCGUCAAGAAGAAGGACACCCUGAGGGUCAACGCCAAGGUGGUGCUCAGCAGGACGGAGCCCAAGGCCAACCAGCAGGUGCAGCACGCGAAGAGCAGACCCGACGUCGUCUCCGGGGACAAGACCUCGGAGAACUCGGACGACGAGAUCGGCGGCGUCACCUUGGUCGAACCCGACUGCAGGGCGCGCAGGUCCAGCCUCCGGGGGCACGUGAAAAAGGGUUGCGCCUGUUGCAACGGAUCCUCGCCGGAGAGGCCCAAGAAGAAGGCCGUCAAGCUCGAUCACAAGCUGAAGAAAAGGCUCGCCUCGAAACAGCUCGCCAAGAAGAGGUAGUCCUAGCGAUCGGGCUCUCGCUCGAGUUUCGCGCUCGUCCUGUAACCCCGAGAACCUGACCUCUUCGGAUGUACCAAAGUUUAGAGGGAGAAGGAGAGAGAGCUGACCCGGGCGGGAAGCUCUCCGAUACGCCGGGGCAUCCUGUAAAUAGUAGCGCGCUUAGUAAGGUGUAAGGACAGGCUUUAAUUUUUAGGGCUCGGGUCCACCUACGUGACCGGGGUAGCCGGUGGUCAGGUUCGACCUCUCGCCCGGUCGGCAGACUCAAUUUUUCGGACGCGCCUCGUUUUUCCGAAACUUCGUCGCUCGGAGAAUCCGUACUAGCAUUUCAUUCGGAUUAACGUUAAAACGUUUGCAACUUUUCAUUUCUACGUUAAGGAUAGGGCGCUACGUUCCACUCAUUGCCGAUUUAUUUUUUUCCCUUGAAACCGCAUUUCUGGCAAGUUUCGCCCAAUCGAGGGACUUAAAGACCGCGGAAGCGGUCUCGCGAUGACGCAGGUGCUCGACCUACCUCGACUAUCGAUAUCGGUCACGUGGGGAGAUUUGACAGGACUGUGCUCUCCGGCCGAGGAUUUCGGCUUAAGAAAACGCGCGCAUCUCUCCAAUUCAAUAUCGAGUAUAAGGUUACAGUCUAUUUGCCGGUUAAGCGAGGAGAACGCAACAUUGUAGCAGUUCUUAAAUAAGGGUAGAGAGAGAGCGAGAGGUAGAGAGAAUGCGAGAGAGAAAGAGAGAGAGAGAGACACGAUCCUUUUACUUUUAGGUGUUAACUACGAACUAAGCGGUUAGAUACAAUUCAUUAUGCGUGGCAACAAGUCUAGGUUUAAACCGUUGUCUCUAAGGACUUUAGGAAAUGCAAUCUAGUCAGAGGGUGAGGCUCGACACGGGAUUCAAAGAAGUCACUCUUGACUCUUGACAGGCGGGGUAGAGAAGGACCUAUGUGCGAUGUGGAUUCCUUCAGCGAUAAGACAGCCCAGACUUAUAACACUACCUGCAGUAUCUAUCGUACUAGAGACGAGACGCAUCUACCGAGCGGGACGAUCGGAAAAGGAGUCGAAAAGGACGAGACGAGAAGGGUCUCUUUAUCCUUUGUACGCUCCAAAAACCCUUAUGGUGCUCGGCGACGUUCUCUUCGGCUUUGUCCUUGCGAUAUGGAUUUAUGUCGGUGGAUGAAGACAGUAAUUGCGGGACUUUCGCGGCAAACAUUAAAACAUUUUCUGGUAAAGGGUACGGACCGUUGAUAACGCGUAAACUUGGUAUUCAAAUGACAUUUUCGGUGGGAUCUAUCGAGACGAUACUUUCGAGUAAUUUCCAAGGAUUCUAUUUAAAGUCGGGACAAGGACGACGCUAACGUUGGCGCAAUGUUUUAUUGUGAGAAAAGAGGGUAAACGGGAUAGAGGAGUCCUUCCACCGAUCGCGCCGCUUCCGGCCGUAUGUAUAAAACCACCCUGUACAUUACGUAGUCUGCGUAGAUAAUUCAUUGAAAAAAAGGUAUAUUAUAUCGCUGCACUUUAGUACAAAAACGCUUGGUCUUGUUUAAAAUGACAGGUUUAUAUCCAUUUUCUGUGUGCGCUGUCGUGACGUGUGAAUGCCAUGCAAUUCGUUAUGAGUUAUUAUAUUUGUAAGGAUUGUACGGGUAUAUGCGUGAGAACGAGGUAGAUAGAGAGAAGGAGGAUAAUUAUUUUCCUUUGUAUCGGCCGGUGAAACCUAUCGAAAUUCCCAUUGUCCCAUCGGGGUCAGCCAACCGACGCGCUUCUUACUUUUCUAACGAGUCUCCCUUAUUUCUAUUUUUUAAUUUCUAACCCACUCGUCAUUAUUUUAUUUUCUUCGUCAUUAGCCAUUUCUUUCCCCUUUACCGGCUGGGCAGGAGUCGUUUUAUUUUCUUCCGACCUUGAAUUGAUCUCAUUAUAAGGAAGCUUUAGUUUUCAAUAAACUAUGUAUUUAUAUUAAGACGUGAUAUGACUAUAUGCGAUUUUAUUCAUUUUUGCGCAUUUACACGAGACCCGAUCCAUGUACGAUGAUACGUUAUCAAUACCUUAAGACGGGAAGGAAUCGUAUCCGUUAUCACGGGAGAAUCUCAACACGUUCUUAGGACAUCCCAGAGAUAUUCCGAUAUUUAUUAUAUAUCUUCCGUAUAUCAUACGACGGUUCCCGUAAUUGUAUGGUAUGAGGGGAUGUUCAUUAGACAAUUUAGGGAUAUCUCGGUGCCGAUGGUUGGAAAAAUUCCUACAAACGUUCUGAGUAUUUUAACCUGUCAUAUGGGUAAAGAGGAAAUGCGUUUCCGUUUUUCUCAGUUCCGUUGAUUUCAUUGAUAUUGGUUUCACCGUCGAUUUUUCUCAGAACGCCGUAUUUUUCUUUUUAAUCACAAUGCCGCCCUAGGACUUCUCGUCAGAGAUUUGGAACGCUAAUUAUGCGACAGAAAAAGGAAAACGGAUCGUUACAUUAUACACCGCAAUUUACCAUUACCGUAAUACCCAAUCCUAUUGUUACAAUUCCUUUUUAUAUCUUUCUGAGGAAGAUAUAUUCAUUUUCGGAAAUAGCUCGUAGCACAUUUAUUUACAACCAAUUCCACCUGGGGUCAACCCGAGAUAUUUUAAUAUUUCAUUAAAACUUUCAGAAAUUAACUAGAACGGCUAGUCGCGCGUAGUUUUAUGCAUUUCGCAUUAUGCCCUGUACGUAAGUAUCAAUCAUUACGAAUGAAACCGUUUAAGAAUGUCGCUGGAAUGAUGAAAAAUUUCUAUUUAUUUAUUGUGCUCGGCGAUUUUCCUCUUUUUCGUUGACGUACCGUACAGUUUUGUGUUAGGAAAAAGUGAUUUAUGCAAUUCUCGGGUGAAUUACCGAAUCCUUUCGUAGCGUCUAAAAUUACCAACUUGAAAAUGGUGUAUGUGAUAAAUUUAGUGCAACGGCACUCAAACAGAACGUGAACAUUUGUGUCUGUAGAACGUUCCAAAUUCCAGCCAAGUACGUAGAAUACUGUAACGAUGAUAGCUUGUUGUACCGAUAUAACAUUACUGCAGUAUUACAGUAGACAAACAGAACGCUAAAAUAGAACAAUAUUCCAAAUCUCUGAAUUUAAUUUCGGCCGACGCUCGCCAAAUCAGGCGAAAACGGGUCACGGGGAUUAUUCGCAAUAACAUAUACCGAGAAGAAAAUUACUUACAUCGAAGAAAUGAUUUUUCUUCGUUAACUCUAACGGCACGUUGUAUCGUUUAAUUUAUUUCAUCGUUUUAAGGAAAGCCCAUUUUCUUCAAUGACAAUUUUUAAGGGAAGAAGCGGUCUCGGUGGAACAUGAAAUGUGCCCUUGGGGUCACCUAAGGGAAUAUUUCUUUGAUAUAAGUAAUUUCAUUUUCGUUGAUAACUAGAAAGAUUCCCCCAAAAAAACGAGGAGCAUCUUCCUCGCGCAUCUUCCUGUAAAUUAAAGUAAUAAGGAGUCUCUCCGCUCGUGCGCAAUUCCCUCGCCUUAUUUCAAGGCAGUGCUGGAUAAAAUAUUACGUCAAAUAGGAAACGGGAAAUGUUUCAUCGGUACAUACUAGCGGCACUAAUAAUGUCCCAAAGUGUAUGAAGGAACUCAUUCGUGAAUGUUCUAAAGUACAUUAUUUUUUUAGUAUCUUCUUUCCUUCAGAAUACGUUAAACAGAUAUUUCCGGGCAUUGUUUUGUAAGUAAGUAUUUCAACUAGAUAUUUCGUGACAUCGUUUGGAAAGUAGUCAUUUCGAUUAAUUACCUGGAUAUUUCUCACGUGAAAGAUGAGAGAGAGAAAUAUCCUAAAUAUUAAUUAUGGGGUUGACGUGAAUUAUCCCGAAGUAUUUCCUGUUUGAUACUUAAUGCAUAAUUUUAUCCAGCAGUGUCGGUAAUCCCCAUUUAGUCGUACCAAUCGCAUUUAUAGGAGAGAGAGAGAGAGAGAGAAAAGCGAUCGUGUGAGUGCGAGUGAGUUCACGAGGAUGAUUGAACGAACGAAUGAGAGCGAGCGAGAGAACGAGAUAAAGAGAGGAUACACCAUAACGCAUUUGCAGAAAAAAAAAAGAAGAAGAAGAAGAAAUUUACGAGAGACACUUAAAACUGAGUUUUCCAAAGUUAGCUUUCAGGUACUUAAGCUGCUUAAAGGGCCGUUAAGGAUAACUUAAGUCUUUUGUAACGUAUGUUUGUUAAGGAUAUACAAGGGGAAAAAGAAAAAACAAAACGCAGAGUUUUCAUCUAACUUAAAACACUCUACCAGUAUUCGAGGCGUUGCGCGAGGUCGAUGGGCGAUGAAAUUAAGAAAGAACGAGAGAUAGAGAGAGAAAGAAGCUGCGUACUGUCGAUUAGCACAAAUGAGAGCUAGAACGAGGGAAAAGAGAAAUUACUAGAGAAACUAUCCGAGGAAAAACGAGGCACAGUAACGACGGUACAGUCAUGUCCUGAUAUACGGUUUCGCGGAGGUACAUAAUAUAUAUCUGACAUUUUCGAGCUGCUCUGUACAUACCUAAUACAGUAAACAAAAAAUCCAAAAGAUUCUCUCCCAGUAUACACGCGUACGCAUACUUAGAUAUAUAUGUAAUGUAAUUAUAUACACGCGAAGUAUGUAAUUUAUACAUUGUACCGAGCGUGUCAUGUAUCCAUCGACAGAGAAGGGCACUUGUAAAUUAGAUAAAAGAAACAAAAAAUGAGGUACCUCGAUUAUGGUACUCGUCUCGCGAGUAGUCGUACCUAUGUAUAUAAAUA